AUGCCCUGCGCGUGGUUCUCGUGGCAACAAUGGUGGUUGGCGGUAGCCGGGGGACUUUUACUUCUCUCCGUCCUCUUCCCGAUCAUCUACAUUUUGUACAGAUGUUGUCUAUGUUGUUGCGAGGAUGACGAGAAGAAGACGACCACCGACUCUCAGUACGACGGGUGCAAGCGGAAUUUUUUGAACAUUUGCAUCGCCGUGCUGAUCGUCAUUAAUGUCUUCGCUGCCGCUACCCUCCUCGUUACAUCCCAGUACGCAGAGUACGGGCUUGACGAACUGCCGAACCGGUUGAACCAGUGCGUCGACGACUUGAACUUGUACAAGCGGGAAACGGACUUGAAAAUCCGCAAGUUGCUGAUCGACGACUUCAACCUGGUGUCCAACUCGUUGAUGCAACAAAUUGCACACGCCGGGCAUGCGACGGAAACGGACGCCUUGAAGACGAUGUGCCUCCAGGCUCAGCGACUUUUAGACAACAUCAGUAGCAUCAAAUUUGAAAUUAGUGAGGAAUUCCUUAUGGGCGAAAACGUCAAAGCGCUAACACGGGUAGCCAACGCCGAGGUGACGACACUUCUCGAGCAGUCCAACCAGCAGUUUGUCGUGCUGGAGAACGAGUUGCAGAGGCAUAUCACGGAACGGUCUUACUCCGCUCAAAACAUGCUCAAGUCGAUCGGCGACGACCUUUUCCAAGUCGCUGAGGGUGUUUCGAGUCAUAUUCGACAGCUCAACUUCGACCCUCUCUACCAAGCCAUCGCACUCUACAAUGGGGAUCAGUACUAUCCUAUCAAGGAUUGGAUCCAUUACAGUUGGUACGGCUCCCUGGCCGUCACCGCCCUGGUCUGCUUGGCCUCCCUCUCCUUCCUCUUCGGCUUAUUCUUCGGGAUCUGUGGUCGUCGCCCGACGUACUACAACGAUGAUUGCUGCGUCAGAGCUACUGGUGCCAGCUUUUAUUCAUGUGGUAUCUGGAUUUUGCUCGGGCUUUUCACCGUCCUCUCGGUGUUGACCGUCACACUGCUGCUGAUCUUUGGCAAUGCUACAAGUUUGGUGUGCAAUCCGCUAGAUGAUCCAUUGAGUCACCCGGAUAUGAUGUCGUUGAUGGAACGCUACGUCGAAAUGGCCAAGCACAGCGAGCAGUGGAACCAAUCCGAACUCGGCCAAAUGCUAGACAAACGAAGCCCCGUCGAAGUCAUCCGAGCUUGCCAGAGGAACGAGACCUUCUACCAGAUCUUCGACCUCGACAAGAAGUACCACCUGGCAGAUCUGAACAAAUUCGACCAAGAAGCCAUGAAACAACUUGAUGAACAGCUAGGAAAUGCUCUUGAUCAGCUACCAAUCGACCGGCCAAUCGGAGCCUUUGUCAGUCAAAAGGAGAUCGCCGAGCUACAAUCGCUUUCUGACGUCAACAUCACACAGUUGUCUUCUGAAGGGCUGGCCAAGAUCAAGCAAAGCAUCGACUCCUUGGAUCUGAUGAGCAAACUCAACAGCUUCACGAGUGAUGCUGAUGCUCAACACUCUGGAAGGCCACAGGCUGUCAGUUCGAUCAUCGAGCAAGUCCGGGAGAUUGAUGAACGGAUCGCCCAGCCGUUGAGGAGCCGUUUGGAAGUCUUGUACAAAAACUUGACCGACUUGGAUACAAGGCUUCACGAGCUUCAAGUUCCGGUCUCAUCGCUGAUUGGGAAGCUGGAACACGCUCAAGCACUACUAUCCCAGGACGUCCGCUCCCACGUUGAACAGGCCGCCCGUGACGUCCUCAGGCAGUUGAUCAACACCUUCGAGCAGUACGUUGAGCACACCAAGUUCCAGAUCGAAAACGAUGUCUCUUCCUGCGGACCGAUCUCGGAUGUUGCACGAAAUUCAAGAGCUGCGCUUUGUGGACAUACCAUCGAUCCUAUCAACGGCGCCUGGAUGUCGUUGCUGAUCUCCCUACUCGUUUCCUUCCCAAUCGUGCUGAUGGCUACCGCACUUCGAAGACUCUACAAUAAAAUGCACGCCUAUCCGAAAUACGUGGUCCACGAGCCAAAUUCGAUCGAUCACCAAAUGUCGUCAUUCGUCACGGAUAUCUAUGACGCCAGAAUAAAACCGGGCUAUCCAAACUACACUUACAUGGAUGACUACCACCGCCAUUAUCGA